UAAUAAAGGAGUGAAGCAUUGUACAAAGUGAUGGAACAGCUAAAAAGCAACGCAGUUUGGAUAUCUUGUCACAAAGCUAGAGUGUGACAAUAUUCCAUCCACACGAUGUCGAACAUUAGUGGAGUCGGAAACCGCUCGUCGAGAGCAGCACACUUUUACUACUGCGCCAAUGGUUUGAAUGGACUUCACAACCAGAUCAUUUCAUCCUUAAAUGUGCUUAUAGCAAUCACAUCCUUUCCAGUUAACCUCUUGAUAAUUGUUGCCCUUCAAAAAAUUACGUCGAUUCAUCCGCCAUCGAAACUUUUAUUCAGCUGCCUAGCAUUGACUGAUCUUUGCGUCGGAAUCAUAUUGCAACCUUUGUAUAUUGCCUAUUUGUUGUCUCCGUACCACUCUAGUCUCUGUUACUAUCUGGAAUAUGUUUCUCCAGUUGUGGCCUUAUCUCUAUGCGGCGUAUCUUUGCUCACGUCAACUGCAAUAAGUGUGGAUAGAUUGUUCGCGCUGGUGCUUGGGUUAAGGUAUAGACAAACCAUCACAAGGAAACGGGUCUGGGCCUUUGUAAUUUUUUCUUGGCUUGGAAGCAGUAGUAACGCAGUAGUUUACCUAUAUGGAUAUCGCAUUCUUUUAUUUACAGCCAGUGCAAUAAUGUUGCUGUGCAUAUCAACGUCCUCGUUCUGCUACCUGAAAAUAUGUCGUAUACUUCGCCAUCACCAGUUUCAAGUCCAAGAACGUGUUUACCUCUCGCGGCCAAAUAGGAGGGAAGUACCGAUCAAUAUUGCACGAUACAGAAAGACAGUUUCCAGUGCACUUUGGAUAUCACUGGUGUUGUUAGGUUGUUAUCUACCAUUUGUUAUAAUGAUAUUCAUAGAGUACAUAACUUAUGCGCUAAUUGUUGCCUUAUUUUUUGAAUUAGCAGUAACUCUUGUUCAGUUGAAUUCAUCCCUGAAUCCAUUGCUUUACUGCUGGAAAAUCAGAGACGUAAGACAGGUAGUGAAAGAUAUGGUCAAAGAGUUUUUCUGCUCCCAAAGUUAGUAUUGCUGCAGAGAUCUUUGCAUUGGCCGGAAUUUCCUGGUCACAGAAGUCAUAUUGAAGUCCGCUUCAGAGCAGAAGGCUUAUUUUAUCGAGAAAAUUGGAUUUUACCAACAUUCACUAAAAAGGGAGAGCUUUGCUCGCUGAAGAUCCGUUGGCUGAUCCUUAGCUACUUCUUGUCUUUAUAAUUAUGACAGUCUAAAAGGAUUGUCAUCAUUAUCAUCAUCAUUACUAUCACCAUCAUCGCUAUAACUUUUAUGAUCAUAACUUAGCCCAUGACCGGUUAUGCUGACGAUGAUCUAUAUAUGUAUAUUUCUCACAUGUUUGUAAUUUCAAAAAUUUUAGUCUCAUUGAUAGUAUUAAAUAUUUUGUAAGAUAAAUAAUUAGUAAACUGUUUCAUAAGGCCUAGGUUUGCGGCCGAUAUAACGCGCUUUAUGAUUAGCUGAGAGCGAUAGUAAAGCAGAGCUUUAACUUCCGUUAACUAAGGCUCAGGGCCCCAUCACGAAUCAUACAAUAUAGUAAUAACGCAAAAAGUUUCAAAAGGACGGAAGUUUUAUUAUUUUUAAAUGAAAAAUACGUUCAAAUUCAUAUCCUUACUGCUAAAUACACCUUAUAGCUUCAGAUUCCUGCUUAAUCGUGAAAUGGACACCUUAGGGAGAAAAACCCAGAGAAAUUUUGUAUACCUUACUCACACUUGAUAUCAAGGUAAAACAAGUUAUUGACAUCAGAGGUAAGGUCGUAAACAAAUUAUUGUGUAGAUUGAAGAAAACCUACCUCUUAAAAUUGUUCUAUUUUGGGAAAAGGUUUUCAAAUCAUAUUUAAUGAAAAAAGAAGACAAUAA